UGAUACCGUCGUUCGCCUAGCGUAAAUCAAUAUAUCAGUAGAGGUUGCGAAGUUUUGUUAGGCGGAUAUACACACGUGAAACAUCGGUUCUCGCUUAUAAUGCUUCAGUAUUACAAGGACUUCAUGCAUUCAAGAGAGUUAAAGAUGGACUUCAGUUGUUGAUAGUCUCGAUUGCUCAGUUUUGGAUGGCGGAUAAACAGACAUCGGUUAUCGCGGAAACAGUUUCAGUAUUGUAAAUGACUUGCAUUGAAUUGUGUUAAUGAUGGAUGUAAAUCAUGGACAUUCACUGUCGAGUUAUCGAAUUACAAAAUUAAGACUCUCUCUGUUGGGAUCUAGCCGAAAGUGUUCCGGUUUCGGCCGACUGAUGUCGGAAAUCUCCGAAUACUUCGCCCGUUUCCGACAGAUCAAGGUGCACGUAAGGACGUUGUUCCUCGUGCUAGCCUGUUCAGUCAUCACGCUGCUCUACCUCACUCAUGGCGUCACAAACAGCUUUGCGGGUUUAAGUGUUAGUGCCGGCUCAGUGGUACAACGCAAUGGACAUAUACGAGUGGAAAACGAAACAGUUUCCAGACGGAAGCUUGAUAAGAGCUAUAUAGACGAAGUGAAGCGGGUCCGUCUGUUGUGUAUAAUACUGACUAUGGAGAAAGACAUUCCAACCAAAGUGGCAGCCGUCAAUCAGACCUGGGCUUCACGCUGCGAUAUUCAUUUUUACGUGUUGAACUCCAAAAUACGAAAAUCUGAUUUUCUCAAUAUCAACGACGUACCUGAUGACAGGUUCCACCUGGUUCAUAAAAUCCAGGAAGUCUACAAGAUAAUCCAUAAACUGUACUUGAAUGAUUUCGACUACGUUCUAAAGGCCGACGACGAUACGUACAUUGUUGUUGAAAAUCUGAAAUUUUUAUUAUGGCAUUACAAUUCAAGCGAGCCAGGCUAUCUUGGAUUCCAUUUUAAUAAAUUCGUUUCAUCCGGGUACAUGAGUGGAGGUGCGGGCUACGUCAUCAGUAAUCGUGGACUUCGUAACAUGAUUGAGCGCGGUUACAAUGGUGGACUGUGUCUUAUUGUAAAACAUAACGAUGAUCCAGAAAAUUCUGAAGAUAUAGAAACAGGCCGCUGUUUAGAGGCGUCAGGAGUUCCAGUUUUGAGCUCCCUGGACGUGGAAGGCCGGGAAACUUUUCAUCCUUAUCAACUGGAGAAGCAUCUGUUCGGAAAUCUCCCUGGUUAUAUAUACUCAUGGGCAAAGAACCCCAUAGAAAAGGGCGCACGCUGUUGUGCCAAGUACGUCAUCAGCUUCCACUACAUGACGCCAGACGCCAUUUUGUUUGUGGACCAUCUUCUCUACUACACGGAUGUGUUCAGCAAACAUCUCAACGGCGAGAACACCCUUCCAGCGUUUAAAAUAGAACGCGUAAAGUGAUCAAUGGGAAGAGGCCCCAGUUUAAUAACGUCUGAAGGAGUUGUUUAUGAAAAAAACAUGUAUACGGCCAUCCUCCUCACUCCAAAUUAUUUAAGCAUGGCAACUGUCAGUAAGAACGCCAAAAAAGAUCUGUGGGAUGUAACAGCUUCUCCAAUUUGAUAACUUCUGUUGAAAUUGAAAUACAUUUGUACGGCCGUUCCCCUAUUACCAGUUGUUUAAAUUUUGCCAUUGUCAGUUACUGUUAUGAGUAUUGAACAACGUACUGGUAACCUGCGCUUGGCCAGGAAAAAUUUAGUAGGUUUACUAGUCGCUGUGAUAUAGCUAAAAUACUACUAAAAACGACAAACUAUCGAAACAUCUAAACCGAACAAACAUAUUAAAGGGUCCUUUUCCCAGAUUUUGGCAUGUAUUGAUAAAAGCUCCAUUAACAAAAAAAAGAAUAAAAUUAAAGAAAGAAAUAAGUAACCCUCAACUGGGCUCGAACCACUGACCCCUGGAGUAAAAGUCUAUCGCUUUGACCACUCGGCAAUCCGUGCUCAUACAAUUUGUGCUGAAUUUUAUGCUUUUAAUAAGCAAUCCUCGUAGUAAGCCCAAAAUAUAAGGACAACAACAGAACUUUCCAAAUUUUUCAAACGUUUCGCGUUGCAACGUUUUAUAAUGUUCAGGUUUUUUAAAUCGUCAAAAUAUGCAUGUACUGGAUUUUUUAGAGCAUGGUAAAUGUUCAGUAUUACUUAUUUUUCACAAAUAUCAUAACCACAUCGAAAAUUUGUGAAUCUAAAACAAUUUGUUUAAACUUUGAUAACUUACCAAAACGUGAAAAGGCCCCUUUUAAGAUAUUAUUUAUUAUAAGUUGUAGAGGGAUUAUUUUAACUUUUAAUUUAUAGCUAAAUCCAGCGCAUAGCAUGACACAUUCUUAAAACCAGGUUUGCAACGGGCUUGACAGUACGACUAUGUGUAAGUUACGCCCGUGAACAUGCGAAAUACUACAGUUUUUAAACCUUGUUUGCUCUGCAUGUGUUUUUUGUUUAUGUAUAUAACUGUUGGGGAUGUAUAUGUACCUAAGCCCGACCUAAGCAUACACUAAGUCAUUUUAUGUUAGUUUUCUGUUCACACUCUGUGUAAGUAAAGUAUGACAAAAAAGUAUUCUCAGUUUUCGUAGAUGUAUGCUUUGGUUGAGACAUUAAAAUCAACAUUUUCAAUCGAUAACAAAAUAACGAAUCACUCAUUAAAUGGAUGCCUUCA